CGUUUCCUACGUGUUACCGAGUAGCUAGGAAAAAUUGGAUUCGUUUCUAUCUUUCACCUCUCCUCUCUCCUUUUUCUGUGUUCGUGUUUCCCUUCGUUUCUAGCUCUAAUUUGUAAGCGAGAACAGAGUUAGACAUAGAAACGAUACCUAUUCUUUCUACUUUUCCGAGAAAGCUUGCAAAUUUUUUCCUAUUAAACAUUCCUUUUUUCUUCUUUUUUUUUUUCUCUUGGACUCUGUAAGUUUAUUUUUUAUUUUUAUUUUUUUCUGGGUUCUCUUGUUUUUUCUUUACUGGAUUUUGGUCCGAGCAGUUAGUUCUCUCCAAAUUCCAAAGAUGGCUGCGAUACGGGAACAGAAGCGCGAAAAGGAGCAAGCAGCAACAAGAAGCGUUGGUUUUGAAAUAAACGUCGGGGAAGAGGCGGAACUAAGGAACCACCACAGGAAAGAGGGACCCACCAACACCACCAUAUCCACACCGCCUCAGGCAACGUCGGCAGAGAUAGCUGCGCUGAAAGAAGAGCCAGAAACGGAGGCGAUACAGGUGAUGCCGGUAGCCGCGCACGUGCCCGCGGGUAUACAGAUGCAGAUGGAUAUGAAAGCAGUUGGGAGCAGAACGCAACAAGCGGCAGCGAAGAGAGCCUCGACAAAGGAUCGUCACACGAAAGUGGAGGGUCGUGGGCGGAGGGUCCGAAUGCCUGCCGCCUGCGCCGCCCGGAUCUUUCAAUUGACCCGAGAACUGGAACAUAAGUCAGACGGCGAGACCAUCCGGUGGCUCUUAGAACACGCCGAACCGGCCAUCAUCGCCGCCACUGGCACCGGAACGGUCCCCGCAAUCGCCCUGUCCGUCAAUGGGACCCUCAAAAUCCCCACCACAUCCGCUCCCAACAGCGACCCACCCAUUAAGAAGAAACGCAAACGACCUGCUAACAGUGAAUACGUAGACGUAAGCGACGGCGUUUCGGUCUCAUCGGGUCUCGCCCCCAUAACUUCUGUCCCUCAACGACAAGUACAAGCGGUCGUCCCCGUGUGGGCUAUACCCUCAAACGCCGUCGUGCCCGGAACUUUGAUCAUGGUUCCGCCCAUGGCCUCAAUUGCCGGACCUUCAAACCAGCCUCACAUAUUCACAUUCUCAGCCACGGCGACGCCUCUAAUCAACGUCUCGGCGAGGCCGAUAUCGUCCUUCGUCUCCUCCAUGGCCAAUACACCCGCGAACGUUCAAAUCCAACCGAACUCAACCACUUCUUGUCCAAGCUUGGCUACUUCUAUGACGAACAGUAAAACUAUAACUUCAACCACUCAGAUGCUGAGAGACUUUUCGCUUGAGAUUUACGAUAAACAGGAGCUCCCGCUCAUGCCUCGCCCAUCCAAACGCUGAGAAAACAGAAAGUGCCAUUUUUUUCGUUCAUGGAGCCUCACAUGCACACGUGAGGGAAUGCUUAAAGGUGGGGACCACAUGUAGCAGUGGGGUCAAAGGAAGACUUUAAGCGAAGUGGUGCUGCUCCGUGGACCGUGCAACGGGAUAAGGAGGUACGAGUUUUUGGGGGGAGGGGGGCCACUUUCAUUCAUGUGACGGUGGGGGCGGGGGCGCAGGCCCCAAGGGGUGGGAGAAGAGUCUUCGCACUUUUUCCGAUGCAAGCAUGGCGGUCCCUACACCUACUGUUGAGGGUUUUGUGGUCCGAUGGAGAAUGGUGGGGGGCACAGUUGCUUUAUCUCUGCAACACGUGCAGUCCCUUAUGGCCGAGGCUCGAGGGCCCCAAGCAAAUUGACGUGGGUUAAAGCUUCUUUGGAGAUGGUGAUGAAUCUGAUGUUGGGUUUCCAUACAGAAAGUAGUGUAAAUUGCAAUUGGCAAAUGUUGUAACGUGGAGUCGGCGGCUAAGCUAAGAAUCUCCCACUCCUUUAAUUAUCAUUUUUGCUUUUUGAAAUGCACAUAUUUGUAUGAGACUGA